AUGGCUGUUGGAAAGAACAAGCGGUUGUCGAAGGGCAAGAAGGGCUUGAAGAAGAGGACCGUGGAUCCCUUCUCUCGCAAGGAUGAAUACUCCGUCAAGGCUCCUUCCACUUUCCAGAUCCGAGAUGUCGGAAAAACCCUUGUCAACCGAACCACCGGUUUGAAGAACGCCAACGACUCCUUGAAGGGACGUAUCUUCGAGGUCUCGCUCGCUGAUCUCCAGAACGACGAAGACCACGCUUUCCGCAAGGUCAAGCUCCGUGUCGACGAAGUCCAGGGCAAGAACUGCCUCACCAACUUCCACGGCUUGGACUUCACAUCCGACAAGCUCCGCUCCCUCGUGCGCAAGUGGCAAUCCUUGAUCGAGGCCAAUGUCACCGUCAAGACCACCGACGAUUACCUCCUCCGUCUUUUCGCCAUUGCUUUCACCAAGAGACGCCCCAACCAGAUCAAGAAGACCACAUACGCUGGUUCUUCUCAGAUCCGCGCUAUCCGCAAGAAGAUGACCGAGAUCAUCCAGCGUGAAGCCGCCAGCUGCACCUUGUCCCAGCUCACAACCAAGCUCAUCCCCGAAGUUAUUGGACGGGAGAUUGAGAAGUCCACCCAGGGCAUCUACCCUCUCCAGAACGUUCACAUCCGCAAGGUCAAGCUCCUCAAGUCCCCCAAGUUCGACCUCGGUGCUCUCUUGAACUUGCACGGAGAAUCCACAACCGAUGACCAGGGCCACAAGGUGGAGCGGGAAUUCAAGGAGACCGUCUUGGAGAGUGUUUGA